AACAGACUAACUGAGUCAUGACUCGACCGUUGAUUCAGCUCCCCUCUCUGUUCUUCUGCCUCUCUCUCUUCCAUGCAAUCCUAUCCGUUGCUGUUGCUGCCCGACCACUGAACUGUAGCGAUACCAAGCCCACAAGGAGGAGCUUGUUGAAUAAUGGCCUCGGUCUCACGCCACAAAUGGGAUGGAAUAGCUUUAACCACUUCCCAUGCACGCUUAAUGAGGAGUUGAUCCGCGAGACAGCCGACGCAAUGGUGUCCACUGGUCUUGCAGCGGUGGGAUAUGAAUAUAUAAACUUAGAUGACUGUUGGGCAGAACUGAAUAGAGACUCUAAGGGAAACUUGGUACCAAAAGCUUCAAUAUUCCCCUCAGGCAUGAAGGCUUUAGCAGAUUAUGUCCAUAACAAAGGGCUUAAGAUUGGAAUCUAUGGCGAUGCCGGAACCCAAACAUGUGCCAAGACCAUGCCAGGGUCACUUGGAUAUGAAGAACAGGAUGCAAACACCUUCGCUUCAUGGGGAAUCGAUUAUCUAAAAUACGAUAAUUGUCAUAAUAAUGGAGAGAGCCCACAAGAUAGGUAUUCUAAGAUGAGCAAAGCUCUCCUCAACACAGGCAGAUCCAUCUUUUUUUCUCUUUGUGAAUGGGGGCAAGAAGACCCUGCGACUUGGGCGCCAGCUAUAGGAAACAGUUGGAGAACAACGGGAGACAUCAAAGAUAACUGGCAGAGUAUUACAUCACGCGCCGAUCAGAAUGAUCCAUGGGCAGCAUAUGCGGGGCCCGGUGGAUGGAACGAUCCCGACAUGCUUGAAGUUGGAAAUGGAGGCAUGUCGACCGAGGAAUACCGCUCGCAUUUCAGCAUAUGGGCUUUGGCUAAGGCCCCACUACUGCUUGGAUGUGAUCUCCGAUCGUUGGAUGAUGAAACACUGGGGUUGUUGAACAAUAAGGAAGUCAUUGCUGUCAAUCAAGAUAAGCUUGGAGUUCAAGGGAAGAAAGUCAAGAAGGAUGGAGAUCUAGAGGUUUGGGCUGGUCCAUUAAGCGGCCAUAGAGUAGCUGUCGUCUUGUGGAAUAGAGGAUCUUCCACAGCAUCCAUUACGGCUAAGUGGACCGACAUUGGACUUAAAUCAUCAACCGUCGUUGAUGUUAGAGACGUAUGGACGCAUUCGACGAUACCUUCCGUUAGUGGACAACUGAAAGCCACCAUUGAUUCCCAUGCGUGCAAGAUGUAUGUUCUUACACCACAGUAGAAGGUAGUUGUUGGAAGGGUUGUUAUUAAUUGCGUGGAUAUGUAUACGUUUGUUAUGUUUGUAUUAUUAUUUGUUGCUGCAUUUUCCAUUAUAUUAAGAAAGAGAUGGCUUGAACUCUCAGUUAGUUUGCUUAUUAUCUAUUAGGUUGAGUUAGCUUACUUGGGACUUUGAAAUUUUCUAUUUGGAUGUAUCGAUUAAACUAAAGUACAAUUUUAAAUUAUGUUUGGAUGAUAGAAUUUAAGGUGUGAACGUGAAAAAAUAUCUUUAGUUAAA